GCGCUGAUGACGUGUUUCCGCUCAUGGCCAAUCAGCUCCCUGCUUGGACGGAUUUUCUUCGGAGCUGAAUGUUUACAGUUUCCACGGUAAUCAGGGGAUGAAAGCGCUUCCUGUCGAUCAAAGAUGGCGGUGAUGAGCCGCUGCUAACAUGCUAGGCUAACAGCUAGCUGGAAUCACAGCGGCUGAAGAGGCUGAAGGCAUGGAUUGAACAGAAAGUGGUUCGCUGGAUCCGCUGCGUCUGUGGUUGCCCUGGAAACGGAGCCAUGAGUGAUGAGGAGGCCCAUCGAGGUGAGGAAGAGGAGAAACCUUUUGUGCGUGGUGACGGACAGCCAGAGCCCAAACGGUAACUGGCCACAGACGUCCAUCUCUGGGUCUCUGUUCCACGUGUCCAGUCAAGAUGAAGAGGAGGAAGACCUUGUUUUGGACCACAACCAUGUGUCCCGGUCCUCUGAACAGCUUCUGACUAUGGUGUCCCAGCAGUGCCCGGUGGGAUCUCUGCCGGAGCAGUAUCCGGCUCUGUGGAGGCUCAUGGAGCAGCGGUCUCUGCUGCUCUUCAUCCAUGAAUUCACCAGGAGGGUUCGCCUUUCAGCAGCUUUCAUAUCCAGACUGAUCCACUUGCUGCAGGAGCUUCCUUUAAAUCAGGUCCCGUCCAGCUCGCCUUCAUCCAGAACCUGCCUGGUCUCUCUAAUCCAGGAGUUCCGUCUCCAUCUGACCCACUGGACUUGCCUCUACAGUGGAGUGGCUCCUGACCCGUGCCUCAGGCGGGCCCUGCUCCCUCAGACUAGAAUGCUAGAGGAAAUGAAGCGGACUCUGGACCUGCAGGCCUCAAAGCUCCUGGUCUUAAUGGAUCAGUAUGUUUACGGGGUUCUGUCUGUGCUGGGAAGCGGCGAGAGCGACCCGGUUCUGGCGGACCUCCUAGCAGGAGCGGAGCAGUUUGAGCAGGCAGUGGAGGAGCAGCUCAGUCAGUCCAAACUUUGCCGCGGUCUUCCUCAGCCCUUUACUACAUCCCUGAUGAAGAUUCUGGCCCUCCGGCGAGCAGAAACCGUCACCACACAUCUGGAACUGUGGAUCUCAGAGCAGAGCUGUGACGUUAGCAACUGGGUCGGUCCGGUUCCUGAAUGCAGCUGUGGCGUUCCCAGCAUCACCUGGGAACAGUUGUGGCAGAUGUACAGGACCUCAUCUCCCCUUCAGUUCCAGAAGCAAACCUUCCCUCAGGUUUCAUCUUUGUGUGAUAAGCCCCGCCCUCUCUUCAGCCUUCCCCCUCACCAUCAUCAUCAUCAGUGCAGCCAAAGCAGCCAGUCUGGCCUCACUGAGCCCAGAAGCUCUGCAUCCGACCCAGAAGAACCAGCCAGUUCCCAGAAGUGGACCCGUCUUGCUGUCAGUGGCUCCCAUCAUGCCUCAGGUCUGCCUGCUCCUCGCUGUGAUUGGUCCUCCUUAGAACCACUGCUUCAGGUUCUCCUGACCUCUGUUGGUCCUCUGGCAUCUCCAAGGCCCACAGCAGCAGAACCACCAGCUGGCCUCGGCCCGGUUACAGGGAGUUCUGUUCCAGAUGCAGCGGCUCAUCCAAAGAGCGCUCAGGACAUGGACGGAACCGGAGCCGACUGGACCGAGGAGGGAAAGGCUGCAGAACCGAACGAUGCAGUGAGCUCCGCUCUGCUGUGGGAGCAGACCUUCAGGAUCGGAACCAAAGAGGGAGCUGGGACAGGUCCAGUCAAGCCCGGUUCUGUUGGCGGACCUCAGUGUGUGCAGAGGAUGGACUUGGGUCAACCGCUGCUCCUCCCAGAUCUGCUAGAACAGUACCAGUACCAACUGUGGACCUUCUGCUCCAAAGGACUCUGGCUAAAAGUGAACGGGACCCGUCUCCAUGACGACCAGAGGAGACUGAAGGUUUUGAUCAGCUUGACCGCUGCUAUGGAAACCGGUCUGUUUCCAGAGGAGUUCAGAACCGUCCUGCAGGACUUCAGGCUGAACCUGUUGGUCCAAUCAGCACUGGCCCACUGGGACUCAGUUGUGUGCAGAGGUAUAGGUUCAGCCCUGAAGGAUAAAUGUCUCAGAAGUGAGAGCAGCAGCUGUGCAGCAGAUGAAAGGACGACAUCCCAGACCAUGAGACACUUCCUCCAACUGCUCCCCCCUCUGCUGGCGUCUCUGGGCUUCUUUCUGUCCAUCCGCUCGGCGCCCGAAGCUUCUGGCCUCCUUCUGCCCAGCUGUGUUCUGCAGAGACACACCGCGGCUGCACUGUUAGCCUCGCUCCAAAUCUGCACGGUGUGGGUGGAGUCUAAAGCUCAGCAGUUCCUCUCCUCCUGGAGUCCAGAACGGUUCCUGCUGGUCUCACAGGGAGAUCUGCCGAUGUUAAUGGAUUCUGUGGAGCAGAUGAUGGAUCUCACAAAGUCCUUUCUGAGGAGCCUCGACUCGGAGCAUCAUCCCACUGCCAGGAGCUAUCAUCAGCGCCUCCUGAGGAACCAGCUGGACGCUCUGGAUGGGGCUGCAAAUGAGCUAAAGGACUUCUCCUCUCUGGUGCUGGAGAACUUCUCUACUGAUUGCAAGCGGAUGUCAGGGGAGAUCUUUGAACGCACCAUGCCUCCUGCAGUCCACUGGAGACCAGGCCAAAGGACAGGCCUCCCCAGCAGCCCCAGUGAAUACGCAUCACUGGCAGCUCAGGCUGUGAUUGGCCGAGUCCUGGAGGCGCCGCUGUCAGAAGAGGCUCGUGUCGGAGCGCUCAGUGUCACCAUGACGGCUUUCAUGGAGGCCUGGAUGGAGCACAUCCUACGGCAGAAGAUCAAAUUCAGUGUCCAGGGGGCGCUGCAGCUAAAGGAGGACUUUGAUUCAAUCAGAGAGAUGAUCAAGUCUGACAAGUACGGCCUGUCGGCCGACCUCGUCCAGAGACUCCUCGCUCUCAGGGUUUUUCAGCAGAUGGACUCGGCGCUGUUCUGUUUGCUGCAGCAGCCAGUGGUGAAACCGUACCUACAGCGCAGAGCCUGGGAGCCGUUCACACGCUGCUGUCCAGUUAAAGGCAGCAGAACCAGCCUGGAUGCUACUGAGGACGGAACCAUAACCAACCUGGGCUCUGUGGACGCUGAGGAUCCGGUCCUCCCCCCAGCGGACAUGUCCGCCCCGGCAGAACCUUACCUGGCGUCCAGUACUGCGCUGGGGGCCACCCAGCAGGACUGGUUGGACCUCCGGGUCAACAGCAGCGCUCGGCACUGGAGGCUGCCUGGACUACAGUGUCUAUCCAAGACAGAACCCUGAACAGAACCCGGUAGCCCUCUAGAAUCAGAACAUUGAGAAAUAAAGAUUCCGUUUUUUAUUUCAUUGAAAUUUAUAAAAUAAACAAUUUUUGUGUUAA